UUCUCACGCUGUCCGGGUCGCCGCUGCCUAGCCUCGGUCUCCGUAUGGUCCCGCGGGUCCGCGUGGCGUCCUCUCCCCACCGCACGGGACGGCGCGCACGGCGCCACCUGCUCGGCCAGGCGCAGGGGCCCACGGAUUCCCCCGCUCCGAGUCGCGGUCACGCGUGGGGCCCGCCAGUUCCCUUGGCUGCGGAGUUCUCGGAGCUCUUCGCGCGCUGUGCGGUCCCAGGCUACAGGGAACUCACGUCCCCCAGGGUGACUCCUUCUAUGCAGUUGGAUGGAAGGAUGCUCUUCUCCUGAUAGAAGAUGAUAAUCUUGGAGAAUGACCAUGGAGAAGGGGAUGAGUUCUGGAGAAGGACUGCUUUCCAAAUCAUCUCAGGCAUCUGCAGCUAAAGUAACAGUCAAGGAGUUAGAAACACAGCAGCCCUGUGAGGAGAAACGAGGGGGCUUUGUGCUGGUGCACGCAGGUGCAGGCUAUCAUUCAGAGUCCAAAGCCAAGGAAUAUAAGCAUGUAUGCAAACGGGCUUGUCAGAAGGCAAUUGAGAAGCUACAGGCUGGCGCUCUUGCGACAGAUGCAGUGACUGCUGCUCUGGUGGAACUUGAGGAUUCUCCUUUUACAAAUGCAGGAAUAGGAUCUAAUCUAAAUCUCUUAGGAGAGAUUGAAUGUGACGCCAGCAUAAUGGAUGGAAAGUCCUUAAACUUCGGAGCCGUUGGAGCACUGAGUGGAAUCAAGAACCCAGUCUCAGUUGCGCACAGACUCUUGUGUGAAGGGCAGAAGGGCAAGCUCUCUGCAGGCAGAAUUCCCCCCUGCUUUUUAGUUGGAGAAGGAGCCUACAGAUGGGCAGUGGAUCAUGGGAUACCCUCUUGCCCUCCUAGCACCAUGACCACAAGAUUCAGCUUAGCUGCAUUUAAAAGGAAUAAGAGGAAACUAGAGCUGGCAGAAAGGGUGGAAACAGACUUCAUCCAGCUGAAGAGAAGAAGACAAUCAAGUGCAAAGGAAAAUGACUCUGGCACUUUGGACACAGUGGGUGCUGUGGUCGUCGAUUACGAAGGGAAUGUUGCUGCUGCUGUCUCCAGUGGAGGCUUGGCCUUGAAACAUCCAGGGAGAGUUGGGCAGGCUGCUCUUUAUGGAUGUGGCUGCUGGGCUGAAAAUUCUGGAGCUCAGAACCCCUACUCCACAGCUGUGAGUACCUCAGGAUGUGGAGAGCAUCUUGUACGCACCAUACUGGCUAGAGAAUGUUCACACGCUUUACAAGCUGAAGAUGCUCACCAAGCUCUGUUGGAGACUAUGCAAAACAAGUUCAUCAGUUCACCUUUCCUUGCCAGUGAAGAUGGCGUGCUUGGCGGGGUGAUCGUUCUCCGGUCAUGCAGAUGUUCUUCAGAGUCUGACUCCUCCCAAGAUAAACAGACACUGCUAGUGGAAUUUCUGUGGAGCCACACUACAGAGAGCAUGUGUGUCGGAUAUAUGUCAGCCCAGGAUGGCAAAGCCAAGACUCACAUUUCAAGACUCCCUCCUGGUGCUGUGGCAGGGCAGUCCGUUGCCAUCGAAGGUGGGGUUUGCCGCCUGGAGAGCCCUGUGAACUGACUCCAUAGGCUGACUAUGACGUGUCUGAAAGGCAUUUCAGAGCCUGAACUUUGGGCUGUUUGAUGGAAGUUGGAUGUUCUAUCCUCCUCGUUUUGUAAUUCUUAUUGCAACCUCGGGCACUGCUUGGGACACAAGUGCUGCUAUACUUAGUGCUGGUUGACACUCGAGUUUUAGAUGGGUGAGCAGAAGCAUGUGUGGGUGUGUCUCCGUGUGUAGUGUGUGUGCUUGCUUCUCCCUGAUGGGAUAAGUUCUCAAGUGUAAUCUAUGAACGAGAAUGAUUAAAUCUUUACAAAAUGUGUGCUUUAACUGUUUACAAGUAAACCUAAAGUUGUAGAAAACUUUUAUUUCUUCAAGAGGUACCACCUAUGGUUGAUACAAUGUGUCUGAACUGAAGAGUGAAUCUGCUUGUUUAAAUGACUUGACCUUGAUUGUAGUCCAUUUAAUAACAGUAAUCAGUAAUAUGGUGUCAGUUUAAGUGGAUGGUGUGGUAACUUAAACUGUCGUUCUCAUCCCUCACACAGGGCAUUUUUCCUUGAACACAGAAUGGUUUCAGUGAAACCAUUCUAGCAGAGAAUUAAAGUCAGAACCUUUUAAAGUAAUGGUCUUAUUGAUAAAGUUUGUGCUUCUUUCCUGAGCUAUUUGAAGCUUAAGUAUUGCAUAGCUUUGCGCCGUGUGUACUAUAUUAUGAAAGAAUAUGUAAAGAGAGUGUUCAGUAACACACAGUUUUAAUUUGUGUAUAAUGGAAUGUUAUUUACAAUGUAACACUGUAAAUAAGAAAGCAAAAGUUUAUGGGAAAAUUCAAUAUUAUCUUUGUUUCUUGUUUAAAUAUAUUUUUAAGAUAAAGGUACAAAAAUAAAAGAAGCAUAUUCCUG